UGGGGAGGGGCGGCUCCGGCUCGCGCCGAUGGCGGUCUCCUCCUCGCGCUGCCGUUGUUUCGGGUUCGGGUUCAAUCAGUUCGGGCAGAUUGGCGAGGCCGGAGAAGGGGGAGGAUUGGGUCGGGUCCUGAGGCCCCGAGAAGUGAGCUUCCCGCUCGCCGGCUUUAAACAGAGCGCGGAGAGAAGCGAGCGGCCGCCCCCGGCCCCGCCCCCGGCCCCGCCGCCAUUACCGCAACCGUCACAGCCUGAGGCCCAGAGCCUGGGGGAAGCUUCUCAAACACCGCCGUCACACCCCAGACAGGGCCCGGGGGAGACUCAGAGGCCUGGGACUCGGAUCUGCCCCACUUGGGGACGCACUGCAUGGCUGACGGAUGAUGGAUCUGUGUUUUUCUAUGGUUUUGUUGCUGGUCGCCCUUGGCAGCAGUUGUGCGUUAAUAACCAAGAUAAUCAGCAUUGCAAAGACAUUCUUUGUUCUGAAAAAUAUCUUCUGGUAUUGUAUGAAGACAAAGUGGAAUGCUGGGAUGUUCGAGAGCUCUGCUCUGCUGGAGGAACAGAUGCCAAAGUGACCUGGACGAUGCAGUUGAAGGAGAGGGAAGCAAUGAGUACAGUGCUACCGCUGGUACCUGGUGGCUACAUCACAACAGUGCCUCCAUUCUACAAAUCGUUGUCACCUCUGCUCAAUGUAGUAAAACUGGUGCUUGGCACUGAGCAUGCUCUCCUACUGAGCAUGGGUGGGACUGUUUAUUCCUGGGGCUCUGGACACUAUGGUCAGUUAGGGCAUGGAAGUGUUGAGAAUGAGGUAGAGCCGAGGAUCGUGGAGGCAUUACAUGGGUUGGUGAUGGCUGAGAUAGCAGCAGGGGCCUGGCAUUCCGUAAGUGCAAGUGAAUCUGGAGACCUAUACUUGUGGGGUUGGAAUGAAUCAGGACAGCUGGGACUGCCAACAAAAUCAUGCUGUAAGAAUAAGGGGCAGCUGAAGAAGUGCUCUGAAGAGGGCACUCUGAUACUAAGAAAUCCCAGCGACAUGCUUGUGAAAUCAGCCAGUGAAGAAGUAACUGCCACACAGGAACCAGAAAACGUGAAUGUAUUUAUCUCGAUCCAGGCAUUUCCUGCAUUGGUAGAUUUACCAGACGGGUCAGAGGUCAGAAGAAUCAGCUGUGGGUCACGGCACACUGCAGCCAUUAACCGGGGAGGAGAGCUGUUCACAUGGGGUUGGUGUAAUUAUGGACAGCUUGGCCACGGGCACACCGAUAGUUCUGAUCAACCAAAACGUGUUGAAUAUUUUGUAAAAAAUCAGCUUACUGUUCUAGAUGUUGCCUGUGGACCUUGGAACACGUUUGUAUUUGCAGAACAGAAAGAGUUUUAAACACUGCAUCAUUGUGGAGCUUUGAAGAUUGCCUAGGAUUAAUCACACUCCAUGCAGUCGAAUAGACAUUCUGACAUUCACCGUCCAUGCUCCUGCAUGAAGAACGCCUACUAGAAUGGGGUCAAACGGCUGACGCUUGUGGAACCAACCCAGCAAGAGACACCUUCAAGAGAGAAAAUUAGCCAGGAAAGAUUGUAAAGGAGGUCAAAAUGUCAAGAGUAAGUUAUAUAAGAUACUGAAUGCUUUUGGAAACAAAUGUUCUUUUUAAAUAAUGGAGCAUUUGUUUUAUUGUUUACCUUAUCGAUGGACAUAAAUAAGAAUAUUAUUGACUAAUUAUGUUUAUUGGUAUGACUAAAUAAAUUGUUCAGUUUCUCAGCGUGAA